UGGCCCUCGAACGCCGUCGUGCGAGUGAGGCCCAGCGGAGGCAAGGCCGCCUGCUGCUGAUGCUGAUGGCGACAGAUCCCUUGCUCAGGAGAUGCCGGCGCUUCCAUUCAUGGAUCACCCGACGCAACUGACCUGUCUGUUCAAGAGGUCACCGAGUCGUUCGUGCGCGCGCAUAGCGAGGCGAGGUUUCCGAAGAGGUUGUGCUGCUUGCUGUCUGUCUGUUUUGCAUCCACUCUCUCUCAUCAUCUGCAGCGAGGAUAGCGAGUCUGCUCGACAACACCCAGCUUCAUCUAUUACAUAACUGCUCCGACGCUCCACAGCUUGUGCCGCAGGUUGGAGCACAGUGCCGACAAGCAACAGCUGCGAGCGUCUCUUGGUGUUGCAAUAUCGCCAAGACAGCCAGAGGACGAUCAUGCCGAAGAUUGAGAAACCUGAUGUUCGGGCCGCGUCGUUUGGCGCAAGUCGUGAGUUGCUGGAACGAUGAGUGGCCUUCGUCCCCAGGACACCUGCCAUCGGAUGAAGAUCCGGUGUAUCGACCGCGCGAACCCGCCAUGCCGGCGCUGCGCAACCAUGGACAUCCCAUGCACCUUCACGCUCGAGUCGACGCCGUCGUCGUACAGGAUCAAGAGCAACCAGGACCGCGUGGCCCACCUCGAGAACCAGAUGGAUGUCGUGCAGUCGAGCAUGAAGAAUGUCGAAGCGAUGUUACGGACGCUGGUCGAGGCUAAAACGGGGUCGGGGUCCGCGUCGGCGGCAUCCAAGCAGUCGCCGCGAUCCGGCUCCUCGUACCGCUCCGGCUCUGCGGCCCCGACGGCGACCUCGACGCCGAUACCGCCCGAUCUCCCGCCUCCAGGGUGGGCACAGCUGACGGCAUCUUCGGCGAGCCCGCACGCAGGCUCGAACAGCACGCCGGGGAGCGCGAUGCCAGCAUCAGCGGUGCGGCGCGGCUCGGCUCCGCAGCAGGCGGAGCGGGCGGGUGCCCCCGAGGAAUCGGAGGAUGAGGACGACGACGAGGCGCUCAAGGCCUCGCCGAUGCGCCACAUCAUCUACCAUGAAGAGGAGGAGCGGCGGCGCACACAGGAGGUCUCGGGCACGCGCUCAACGCUGGACGACGACGACGGCAAGCCACCAGCGUACCCGCUCAACUCGUUGCUCUUCCAGCGCGACGACCUCCAGCCGCACGAGUAUCCCGACCCCGUGCAGCGCGGGUUCUGUACCGAGCAGGAGGGGCGGCACUUGUUUGAAAUCCUUCGCGCCAGGUCGCCCUUCUGCAUUACUGUCAUCAUGAUUGCUGGACAGCUCGCCAUGUCCGGAAAUGGUUAUCCGUCCUCUGGGAGCACGCUGCGGAACAAGCUGGUUCGGUAUGCCGAGAAGAUUGCGGCUGCGACCCUGUUCACGCCAGUCGCGACCCUUGAGACCGUCCAGGCCAUGUCGCGCUCCGGCAUGGGCGUGGGCAAGUCGCCGGAAGAGCUCGAGAAGGAGCGGCCGCUAGUCAACGGCGCACGCGUGUGGCUCGCGACGCUCAAGACGCACAACGAGAUGUGCGGGACGCACGGCCGACCAGUCCAGUGCGACCGCGACGAGUCGAUCAAGCUCGGCCGCCUGUUCCUCGAGCACCCACUCGCGACAAAAGACGACAGCCGCUGCAUUGUCCUCAACGAGGUCAUGUCCUUCCGCGCGCCGGUGCAGCUCGCGCGGCGGCAGGGCGUGACGGGCCGCACGAUGGACGGGAUGAUCGACGAGGUCAUCCAGAACCUCGAGGUGUGGGAGAGCUUCUGGCUUGAGUAUUACGGCAAGAUUGGCCUGUCGGACGACGACUUCCUCGUGCAAGAGCUGAGCACGAUCAAGAACUACGCCACACUGCAGAACAACAAUGCGCGCAUGCCGGGCGCCAUCACGAAACGCGACAUCCAGCGCAUGCCGAGCGACAGGCGCGACGGCCUCAUCUCCGCCACGCGCGCCGCCGCACGCCUCGUCGCCCGCGCCGCUAGGGGCAGCGAGACCGCCAAGAUCCGGUACGGUAACCGUAACGUGCGCCUCGGGUUGGCCCACGCGGCGCGGUACCUCAUCCGCAUGGCGAGCCUGUUUCCCGAGGCGAUUGAUCGGCGGCAGGCGGCCAAGGACGUCGAGCUGCUCGCCGACGAGCUGUCACGAUUCCCCGACUUCCACUUCUCCCACUUCCUCCGGCGCGUGGUCGCCAAAGCACGGAGCAACCGCGUCAUUCCCGCCGCUGGCUCGUCCCCGCCCCCCCAGCAGCAGCAGGUCCAGCCGCCCGACCACGUCCCGCAGCCCAUCGUGCCGGACACGACGCCGCCGCUAGACUUCGACUUUGCGAUCGCGGACAACAUCUUCGCGACCGAGGACUGGAUGAGCAUCAUCGGUGGGGUGGGGAGCGUGCCUCAGCCUCCGCAGGCGGCGCCCAUGCCCUCCGGCUUCCCGUUCAUGCCUAUGCCGCCUGCCGCGCAGCAGUUCCAGCACCAGCACCAGCACCAGCACCAGCAGCACCAGGUCGCGCCGGCGCCGUUCUUCGCCGGCACGUUCGACACGUCCAUGAGCCAGGGCCCGGACGGCACACCGUAUUGGGACCAGAGCAAGCAGUUCUGGCCCCAUUAGAUGCAUAUUGGGUUGGGUUGCUAGGGCAAGGGCAUGGCGAGAGGGCCGUAGGGUGGACGCUGGGCCUGCGGAAGCACCAAAAAUGUGGCGGUAGCCGACGACGACCUGGGC